UCCUGUCCUGCCCAGCUCUCUGAGUAGUUAAUGCAGAAGAUAAAGAGGGUUCGUCUGGAAAACGAGACUGCAGGAAGUUGGAGAAGUUUUUUGCCCAGUUCUGAAGGGGAAGUGAGGAUGACUGCAGUGGACACGCUCUCAGACAGCUCCGAAGUGGUCGAGAUGGAGGAUGUGCCUUCCCAAUUCCAGGUGCAAAAGCAUUCUUGGGAUGGGCUGCGUGACAUUAUUCACAGCAGCAGGAAGUACUCGGGCAUGAUAGUGAACAAAGCUCCCCAUGAUUUCCAGUUUGUCCGGAAAACAGAGGAGUCCAGCCCGCACUCUCACCGCCUCUAUUACCUGGGAAUGCCAUAUGGUAGCAGAGAGAAUUCCCUUCUUUACUCAGAGAUUCCCAAAAAGGUACGGAAGGAGGCCUUGCUGCUCUUGUCCUGGAAACAGAUGCUGGAUCACUUUCAGGCAACCCCUCACCACGGGAUGUAUUCCAGAGAGGAGGAGCUCUUGAGGGAACGCAAGAGGCUGGGUGUUUUUGGGAUAACAUCUUAUGACUUCCACAGUGAGAGUGGCCUGUUCCUUUUCCAGGCUAGCAACAGCCUCUUCCAUUGUCGAGAUGGGGGCAAGAAUGGGUUCAUGGUGUCUCCAAUGAAGCCUCUGGAGAUCAAGACUCAGUGCACGGGGCCACGGAUGGAUCCCAAAAUCUGCCCUGCUGAUCCAGCCUUCUUCUCCUUCAUUAACAACAACGACCUGUGGGUGGCAAACAUUGAGACGGGCGAGGAGAGGCGGAUGACAUUCUGCCAUAAAGGCUUAUCCAAUGUUCUGGAUGACCCCAAGUCUGCUGGUGUAGCCACUUUUGUCAUUCAGGAGGAGUUUGAUCGGUUCACGGGCUAUUGGUGGUGUCCCACAGCUUCUACAGAAGGUUCAGAGGAUUUAAAAACACUGCGGAUCUUGUACGAGGAAGUGGAUGAGUCAGAGGUGGAGAUAAUUCAUGUUCCUUCACCUGCCUUGGAGGAGAGAAAAACAGAUUCCUAUCGGUACCCCAGGACAGGCAGCAAAAACCCCAAGAUUACACUGAAACUGGCAGAAUUUAAAACAGACAGCAAGGGUAAGAUUGUCUGUGCUCAGGACAAAGAGCUGGUGCAACCCUUUGCUGCCUUGUUUCCCACUGUGGAGUACAUUGCCCGUGCUGGAUGGACCCGGGAUGGCAAAUAUGCUUGGGCUAUGUUCCUAGACAGACCUCAGCAGCGGCUCCAGCUAGUCCUCCUGCCUCCAGCACUCUUUAUUCCAGUCCCAGAAAAUGAGGAGCAGCGUGCUGAAUUUGCCAAAACCGUGCCAGAAAAUGUCCAGCCAUUUGUGAUCUAUGAAGAAACCACUGAUGUGUGGAUAAAUGUUCAUGACAUCUUCUAUCCUUUCAUCCAGCCGGAGGGGGAGGAGGAAGAGCUCUGCUUUAUCCGAGCCAACGAGUGCAAAACGGGGUUCUGUCACCUGUACAGGGUGACAGCAGUCCUGAAGCCAGGCAGCCACGACUGGGUGCAGCCCUGUGUCCACAGUGAGGAUGACUUCAAAUGUCCCAUCAAGGAGGAGAUUGCCCUGACUGCUGGGGAAUGGGAGGUGCUGGCGAGGCACGGGUCCAAGGUAGGGGUUAUUUUUAUUCUCUUGCAGUGUCUCAGCUCUACAAGCCUAGUUUCAUUUUUGCUUCAGGAAUUAACUCCGAAAAUAGCAUUUGGAAACUGUAAGAUCUGGGUAAAUGAGGCCACCAAGCUGGUGUAUUUCCAAGGCACGAAGGACACCCCGCUGGAGCACCACCUCUACGUGGUCAGCUAUGAAUCUCCUGGGGAGAUCAUGCGCCUCACCACUCCAGGCUUCUCCCACAGCUGCUCCAUGAGCCAGAACUUUGACAUGUUCAUCAGCCACUACAGCAGUGUGAGCACUCCUCCCUGUGUGCACAUCUACAAGCUCAGUGGCUCCGAUGACGACCCGCUCCACAAGCAGCCCAAGUUUUGGGCCAGCAUGAUGGAGGCAGCCAGCUGUCCCCCAGACUACAUCCCCCCGGAGAUCUUCCACUUCCGCACGCAGUCGGACGUGGAGCUCUAUGGAAUGAUCUACAAGCCCCACGAUGUGCAGCCUGGCAAGAAACAUCCCACGGUGCUCUUUGUGUAUGGAGGCCCUCAGGUGCAGCUGGUGAACAACUCCUUCAAAGGCAUCAAGUAUCUGCGGCUAAACACGUUGGCAUCCCUGGGCUACGCUGUGGUGGUGAUUGAUGGAAGGGGAUCAUGCCAGCGAGGCCUCAGAUUUGAAGGGGCCCUGAAAAACCAAAUGGGUCAGGUGGAGAUAGAGGACCAGGUGGAAGGUUUACAUUAUGUAGCAGAAAAAUACGGGUUCAUCGACUUGAGUCGGGUCGCCAUCCACGGCUGGUCCUAUGGGGGCUUUCUGUCCCUCAUGGGGCUCAUCUGUAAACCCAACGUCUUCAAGAUUGCCAUAGCAGGUGCCCCUGUCACCGUGUGGAUGGCCUACGACACCGGCUACACCGAGCGCUACAUGGACGUGCCCGAGAACAACCAGCAGGGCUAUGAGGCUGGCUCGGUGGCACUGCACGUGGAAAAGCUUCCCAACGAGCCAAAUCGUUUGCUGAUCCUCCAUGGGUUUUUGGAUGAAAAUGUGCACUUUUUUCACACCAACUUCCUGGUAUCGCAGCUAAUCCGGGCUGGAAAACCUUACCAGCUGCAGAUCUACCCCAACGAGAGACACAGUAUUCGGUGCCCUGAGUCAGGAGAGCACUACGAAAUCACGCUGCUGCACUUUCUACAAGAAUACCUCUGAGAGCACGAGCCUCUGCAAACUGGACACUGACAGCUCACCUGCCCCGUGCCCUCCCGCUCCCCGGCAGCGUCCAACCCAGAGCACAAGGGGCUGAGUGCCCACGUCGGGCUGGGGGUACCCCCAGGCCAGGGGGAAAAGCUGGAGGGCACCUUCCCUUUGGACAGUGCCACCUUCUCUCACUUUCCAAGCUGGAGGUCUGCCCCUGCUCGGCUGCUCGUCCUCCUCCUCUCCUCCAGCCUGGCUGUUCAAUGCUUUUUUUGCUGCUACUCCCUCUCUUCUGGGAAUCAAUGGACAGUGGUCCGUGUCCCAAGGCUGAGGUUUGUGUCCAUCUCUCUCUCCCCGAUCCUUUUCCCCUUCCACUGCACCUGUGCAGUUCCCAAACUCUUACCUGCAAGAACUCAGUGCCUGUGUUGGAAACGGAAGAGCCGAAUCAGAAGCUGCCUUAAGCCAGGAGUGCGAGGGAAGAGAGAACUACCUACUGCUCACCUGGGGAUCUGGUCUGUGUCCUGGCCCUGCUGCCACACUGGAGCCCUGGGAGCUGAAGAGAGGUCUACAGAAGCAUGCAACACUAGUCAUUUUUUUAUAUAUAUAUAUAUAUAUAUAUAUUUUCCAGUUCAAAUUUGCAGAGCAGAUGGAGGAAGUGGCCAGGGCCGGUAACGGCGUCCUCUGAUCCUUCCUCUCAUGGCCGCUCUCACACAGAGUUGUGCCAACAGGUAGCACUGGCAGCUGGCUACAGCCAGAGCCUCUCUCCAGAGCUCACAGCAGCAUUUGGGUUUUUGCAACACAAGAUGGAUGGUAUUUAUGCAAAUCCUCCCUCCCUCUGUUCUCUGUGCCGCCUCCCGACCCCCCUGGUCCUUCCCCGAGCUUUCCCAUGUGCACUGAAAUUGGCUGUGCUUCAGUUCUCUGCGGGUCAGUGACUGGUCCCCUUGCCCGUCUACUCAGCAAUGCUCUCUCCUGGUUUUUAUUUACCUGGGCAACAGGAACUGCAGUUCUGGGGAGGGGGAUUGAGCAAUCACACCUCAGGGGAGCACAUCCCCCCCUCAAGCCAAGGGUUCUGCCAGGGGCAAAAUGAAAACACAAACAAAACCCACCCAAAUGAACCACGUUGACUUGCCCUGGAGUAUUUUAA